AUACACACGUUGUUGAACAAAAUAUAAAGCGCUCUUUCCGAGCAGGAAAACAUCAUUCACUGAAGAUCACUCCAACGGCUCGGUGCACUCGGAAAAUCACUCAACGGUUGCAAUCAUGAAGGCGUUUAUUGUGUUGUCUGUGGCUGUGGCCAUUGCUUCCUGCGCAGCAGUUGACGAGUCCUCGAAGAAAGAAAAGCGCGGACUCUGGGAACUGGAACAUGACCUUAAUGGAUUCGACAACGAUAACCAUGAACACCACCUGGAUCAUCACGAAGUCAAGCAUUUGCACACAACCAUCACCAAGAAGGUUCCCGUUCCAUAUCCAGUCGAGGUUGAGAAACAUGUCCCGGUUGAGGUGAAGGUCCCAUACCCAGUUCACAUUGAGAAGAAGGUCCCAGUUGUGAUUGAGAAGAAUGUUCCAGUAUAUAUUGAGAAGAAGGUCCCAGUCCACGUUGAUCGCCCGGUUCCAUAUCCAGUCGAGGUUAAGGUCCCUGUCAUCAAGAAGGAAUACGUCGAAGUGCCAAAACCAUACGCAGUUCAUGUUGAGAAACCCGUUCCAGUGUAUGUCCACAAGCCGGUGAUCGUCGAGAAGCAGGUCCCAGUGACUGUUCACAUCAAAGAACACAAGAAGCACUGGGGAUUGUUCUAAGAACGUAAUUUUUGUUUUCAAGUUUUUUUCUAGGCUGAAUAAAAAAUAAACUAAUUAAGACUACCAAAAAAA